AUGUUAAAUCGCGUCAACUCGCCGGCCAGGGCCGCGGCAGCGACACUACUGCUGGCCCUGCUCUGCCUUUGCUCUGCCAUCUCUUCCUGCUCCUCCGACGCGGCCGGCGCCACCGCCAUGCCGGGCUCGGUCAGCAAUCUCCUGACGGUGGACCAGAACGGCAAGGGCGACCACAGGACGAUCCAGGACGCGAUCAACGCCGUCUCGGCGAACAGCUCCGCCGCCACCGUCAUCCGGAUCAGGCCCGGGGUUUACAGGCAAAAGAUCGUGGUGAACAAGCCCCACAUCACACUGACCGGCGCCAGCGCCAGGGCGACCGUCAUCACCUGGAACGAGCAGUGGCUCUCGGCCGACUCGCCGACCGUCUCCGUGGUGGCCUCCGAUUUCGUCGCCAAACGCCUAACGUUUCAGAACACGUUUGGGGACAGCAAGGCGGCGGUCGCGGUGAGGGUCGCCGGAGACAGGGCGGCGUUCUACGGGUGCAGCUUCGUGUCGUUCCAGGACACGCUCCUCGACGACUCGGGCCGCCAUUACUACCGCGGGUGCUACGUGGAAGGCGGCACCGACUUCAUCUUCGGAAACGGGCAGGCGCUCUUCGACAAAUGCCAUCUGCACUCCACCUCGCGCAUCGGCGGCGCGUUCACGGCGCAGCAGGGGUUGUCGGAGUCGCAGGAGACGGGGUACAGCUUCGUCGGCUGCAAGCUCACCGGCGUCGGGGUCGCCACGGCCAUCCUGGGCCGGCCAUGGGGCCCCUACUCGCGCGUCGUCUUCGCCCUCAGCUACAUGUCCAGCGCAGUGAGCCCUCGAGGCUGGGACGACUGGGGCGAGAGCGACAGGCAGAGGUAA